UUCAUUGACAUAUGUGGUAUAGGUUAUGUAAAUGAAGGAUUGUCAAGUUUUUUGAAAUUGCAAAUUAGCAAAUUAAAUUAUUGUGUAACAUAAAUGAUUAUUUGUGUUUAACACAAAAUGAAUACAAGCAAUUCCAUUGAAUCAACGAACCUAAGGGACCCCCUUUCGGUGAUUGUGCUAUCCCCUAACAAUCCUCUAUCGGUGAAUGGCCAGAAGAAAAAGAAAAAAUCGGAGAAGACACUAAAGUUAGGCAAACUAAACGAUACGUCAACCAUGUUAGACGAUUUAGUGAACUAUUUAAAAGAUUUUAAGAUCACAGCAGUUUACAGUCAAAAAUCGGGCCGUGUAUGUCGUAUUAAAAAAUCCGGCUGUAGGCAUACGCACGCCAGUUUAAAUUUAAGUAGCAGCGAUUCUUCUAACGCAAUAGUUGAUAGUGAAUCGUCAAUAAAUUCAAGUAGGAAUGGUUCUGUUCGAUCGACUCCUUCAAAAAUGGAGACUGGUAUCAGACCAAAACAAAACCUCCAGCCGCUCAUACCAAAUUUACAGUCCAACGCGGUUAUGAGAAACGUGAAUACGAAAAAGUCAAAGGCGAAAAAGCAGAAGAAAGCCAAGCAGUACACGCCUUACUUGAGCAAACGUGAGGUUGACGAAGGUUUAAAAGAGGGUCUACUCAUUCAGGGAGCCAUUCGGAUAAAUCAAAAAAACAGCAACGAGGCGUAUGUCGGCAGUCGGGAGCAGUCGGAUAACGAUUAUUUGUUGAAGAAUGUCCCCGAUAGAAAUCGUGCGUUAGAAGGUGAUAUUGUCGUUAUUAAGCUGAAGCCUGAAAGCGAUUGGCAUCUCAAGUAUAAGACGGCUACUGUGGUCUACAUUUUGGAGAAGGUUCAUUCACGUAUGGCAAUCGGACAGUUGACAACAAGAGACGGUCUAAUUAUCUUAAUACCGCGAGAUAAGCGACUGCCCAAGAUGAAGAUCGCCCCGAAUAAUUGUCCCGUCCUCGUGGUUAAUAGGAUGGACGCGUUGGUGAUGGCAAAGAUAUUAUGCUGGCCGGACAUCGACUACGCCGAGGGUGCCGUUUGCGAAAUACUGGGAUUGAUCGGUGACUUAAGCUCGGAAAAUCGCGCGAUAUUGGCCGAGUAUAACGUCGACGUGACCCCGCAUCCUCCGAGCCUUCUUCAGUGUGUCACGUGUCCCGACCUAAUGAGCCACCACGAGCAAAGUCUUCGACAAGAUUUUCGAGGCGAGUGCAUUUUUACCAUCGAUCCGUCGACUGCGAGAGACCUAGACGAUGCGGUUUCGUGUACGGAAUUGCCGAAUGGAAAUUUCCGUGUCGGCGUGCACAUUUCCGACGUAGCAUUUUAUCUAAUCGAAAAUACAGAGUUAGAUAUAUUCGUGCGUAGAAGGGCGACAUCCGUUUAUAUGGUAGACAAUGUGUACCACAUGUUACCCCCCGAGCUGUGCAUGCGAUGCUCCCUGUUGCCGGGUGUCGAUAAACGCGCCUUUUCGGUCGUGUGGGAAAUGACAAAGACCGGGACGAUCGUUGAGGAGUAUUUCGCGCGGACGGUAAUAAAUUCCUGCGCCCAAUUGGCCUACGAGCAUGCGCAGUUGAUGAUCGAAAAUCCCACCCGAAAAUUUCAAGAGCACGAAUUACCGCAAAUACACGGCGGUUACACUUACGUGGACUUGAGCCAUAAAAUAAAUUCUCUACAACAAAUUGCUUUAAAUUUGAGAAGGCGUCGCUUCGAUAAUGGAGCGUUGAGAAUAGACCAAACGAAAUUGAUAUUUAGAUUGGACGAAUCCGGCGAACCUGCGGAAUUCAGCGUGUACGAAAACAAAGAAGCCCACAGGUUGAUCGAGGAAUUUAUGUUGUUGGCGAAUAUCAGUGUCGCAACAAAAAUUCUGCAUCAUAUUCCAGACUUGGCAUUCUUACGUCGUCACGAUCCACCGAAAGAGUCUAUGCUGGUGGACCUUACGAAAAGAUUGGAACCGUACAAUAUACAUUUAGAUACGUCUUCGUCAAAAGGACUUCAAACUAGUGUUUUGAAUAUUGGCAGUAUGUUCGGACUCCCGCAUAUGGCCGUUAUAAAUCACUUACUGACAAAACCCAUGCAAAGAGCGCGCUAUUUCUGUGCUUCAACCGAACUGGGUAACUACAGCCACUAUGCACUCCACAUUCCGAUAUAUACACAUUUCACUUCGCCAAUCAGAAGGUACGCGGACAUUAUGGUUCAUAGGCUCCUGGCCGCAAGCUUAGGUUAUACACCGAAUCCGACGUGGGCUGUGAACGGUGUCGCUGCCGUCGCGACACAUUGCAACGAUCAGAAGUACGCCGCCAAGUCAGCCGGCGAUGCUAGCUUAGACCUGUACUUGGCACACUACAUUCAGAACCACAAACCGUUCAUCAGAAGUGCAAUCGUUUUUCACGUGAGGGAGAGGUCUUUCGACGCGCUGGUACCCUCCACCGGAAGCGUAAUCAGAAUUAAGGAGGAGGGUUUCGAAAAAGGUAUGUGGAAGUACGAAGCGACAGCCGAAAACAAAUGCAAGGUCGUCAUAACAUUCCCGCAAACCAGCGAAUACGGGAAGGAGCAGGUCCUAAUUGAAAUGUUUCAAACGAUAACUGUAGUCCUAGAUCGUAUACCGAAUACGAAUUCGUUAAGUGCUACGUUGUUACGUCCGAUUUCUAGCCAAUUAAUACGAAAUAAGAGUGCCUUUAAAAGUAAAUAAAUAGUGAUGAUUUUUUUAUGAGACGAACAUUAAUCGAUGUAAUGUAUUAAUAAAAUUUUUAUGAAUUC